ACAACCCACCAAGGCAGAAACAUAUUUAUUCGAGAACUAUAUAAAUAAGCGAACCAGAGUAGGGUUUCAGCACUUUGAGCCGUCUCCAAGCAGCUGCUGCAGAAAACCCAGAACUCCUCUGCUGCUGCACCCGCUCAACUAUGGCCGUCGGAAAGAACAAGAGAAUUUCCAAGGGAAAGAAAGGAGGAAAGAAGAAGGCUGCGGAUCCAUUUGCCAAGAAGGAUUGGUAUGACAUCAAAGCUCCUUCUGUUUUCAACAACAGAAGCGUUGGCAAGACUCUUGUUUCCCGUACUCAGGGUACUAAGAUUGCCUCAGAAGGACUUAAACAUAGAGUGUUUGAGAUAUCACUUGGUGACCUUCAGGGUGAUGAGGAGCAUGCUUUCAGAAAGAUUAGAUUGAGAGCUGAAGAUGUUCAAGGAAAGAAUGUCCUCACCAAUUUCUGGGGGAUGGACUUCACCACAGACAAGUUGAGGUCCUUGGUGAGGAAGUGGCAGACCUUGAUUGAAGCCUAUGUUGAUGUUAAAACAACUGACAACUACACUUUGAGGAUGUUCUGUAUUGGAUUCACCAAAAGACGUCCAAACCAGGUUAAGAGGACUUGCUAUGCACAGUCCAGCCAAAUUAGACAGAUUCGCCGCAAGAUGAGGGAGAUCAUGGUAGCACAGGCAACAUCUUGCGAUCUUAAGGACCUUGUCCAAAAGUUCAUUCCUGAAAUGAUCGGGCGAGAGAUUGAGAAGGCAACUUCAAGCAUCUACCCCUUGCAAAAUGUUUACAUUCGCAAAGUGAAGAUUCUGAAAGCUCCCAAGUUUGAUCUUGGAAAGUUGAUGGAGGUUCAUGGUGAUUAUUCAGAGGAUGUUGGUGUGAAGAUGGAGAGGCCUGCUGAUGAGACAAUGGUUGAAGGUUCUACUGAAGUAAUUGGAGCUUAAAUGAUUCCAAGAUGUCUUUUAACUGUUCUUUAGUUUAAAGAAUUUUUGAACAUCUUUUGUUUGAAACUUAGAUAUGUUUUAAGUUGCAAAUUUGUUCUAGCUGAAAUGUUUACAAUGGGUAUGCUUUUGUGCAUUAGUGAGGAGACAAUUUUUGGUCCAAACCCCGUUUCAAAAACAUGAAUUUUCACCCUUAUAUUUUGCUAUUGAAUAUCAUAAGAUCCUUUGCGAAA